UGAGAGAGAGAGAGAGACACAGAAAGAGAUGGACUAUAGUCUAGCGGCACUGAAGCUGCUAUGCGUACAGCUAAAGAGCGCCCGCGAAACACAAUCUCAGUCCGCCAUGACUCUCGCCGGCAUCCUCUUCCAACGCGCCUGGUUACAGGGCAUUGUGGUCUCGGCACCGUCCUCCAACGGCGACGGCCGUUUUCUCCUCGACGACGGCACCGGCAUUAUCGAACUCUCUCUCUCCCGAGAAUUUGGUAAUCGGGAAUGGAAGACUGGAAUGUAUGUGAUGGUUGUUGGAGGGUACUUUGUCCGUUCAGAUGACCUACCCUUGAUUAAGGUUCACAAAAUUGUUGAUCUUUCUCCAUUUCCUGAUCGAGAAGCAAUGUGGUAUCUGGAGGUCAUGGAGGCAUUUAAACUUUUCUACCAACCCCUAGUUGAAGAGUGAGAGAGAGAGAGAGAGAGAGAGAGAGAGAGAGAGAG